AUGAUUAGUAGUACUGGACAGCAACAAUCGUUCGUGUCACCUAUAUCAGGCGUAGUUACUAAAAUAUACGUUCACGAAAAAGAUAUACUUUCAUAUGGAUCGCUGAUCCUUGAAUAUCAAGAAUGUUCGCAUGCAGUUAUCUACAAAGAUUUAUGUGCUGUUUGUGGUAAAAAAGUCGACAAAACAUUGGAACCAUCCAACUCGAUGCAGAAAGUUAUGGCAAUAGAGCCGGCAUCCCGUUGUGUAAAAACUACUAGAGAAAGAGCGAUAAAAUACGAUAGUAACGAACGUAAUUUACUACUUCGUAGACGUAAACUUCAUUUGUUGAUUGAUCUGGAUCAAACACUUGUUCACACUAGCAAUUCUCCCAAUCAUUGUCCAUCAUCAGAUGACAUUAUUUCAAUCUAUUUGGAUCAUCCAGUAGCACAGACACUUUAUACAAAACUACGUCCUGGUGUCAAAGAAUUCCUUACCAAUCUGCAGUCUUACUAUGUCUUUCAUAUCGUUACAUUUGGUGACCGACCAUAUGCCGAUGCGAUAGUCAAAUUAAUCGAUCCCAAGGGAACGUUUUUCUCUCAUCGAAUCUUAUCACGUGAUGACUCUAUCAGUUCGACCGAUAAAUCCGCUAAUUUAAGUACACUCUUUCCUUGUGGUGAUUCACUAGUUUGUAUCAUAGAUGAUCGAGAAGAUGUAUGGAAGUAUGCAUCGAAUGUAGUCCGAGUCAAACCGUAUGCGUGGUUUCAUGAUGUUGGCGAUAUUAAUAGUAUUUAUUUACCAACGUUCGCCGAAGUCAAGAGCAUUCCAUUUCAAUAUGGCGUAGUCAAUGAUGAUGAUCAAUAUUUAUAUCAAUUAGAAAUGAUUUUAAAACAUAUUCAUGCAAAAUUCUAUCAGAUUUAUGAUGCUCAAUGCGCUCAAAACAGACUUCAUUCGAUUCCAGAUCUUAAACAAAUCAUGCCAAUUCUUCGUCAACAAAUACUCAAGUCUGUUUCUCUUUGUUUUUCUUAUUUGCUACCACAGGAUUAUCCAUUGGAAAGCUUUCGUGGAACAUUCAUUGCCCGAGCGAUGGGUGCACAAGUCACUGAAGACUUACAGCUCGAUUCACACAGUCUCAAUCGAACGACACAUGUUAUUGCUGGAAAGCAUACAUUGAAAGUACACCAAGCACUACAAAGUAAUAUUAAAGUUGUCACAUUAGAAUGGUUACUUGAUUGUUAUGAGCAAUGGGAAAGAAAACCAGAAGAGAAUUAUAUUCUUACUGGUGAUUAUGAUGUUCAGAAAUGUCGGCUAUUACCAGAAAUCAUUCCUCGUAUACUGAAACGACAUCGUGACGAGGAUAGCGCAGAGCAACAAACAUUUACUACUGAAAAUCUCUUAGUGAAAACUCGUGAAUUGAAUGUCGAUGAGCGUCUUCUCUCAUCUAAACGACCGCGUACAGUGUCAACAACGGAUAUUAUAAGUCAACUGAAUACUGAUGACAAUGAAGACUUUGAUGACGACUCUUCAGAUGAUGAGUAUCUUGGUGAUGAUGAAGUACCUCGUCGUUGGAAAGAAGACGAAAGACGAAGACAAUGA